UUUUAACUUUCCCAAAGUUUCCAAUUUUUAUUACACAACAUGUGACCCCACUAAACCAACUUUUAUCAAUCUCAAAACCUGAAACCAAACACCAUCCCCUUCCUCAACCGCCAAUCCACCGAGUCACCAAACAACUCAUCACAAUCCACCGCAAUAAAUCUCUCCAAAUCUUCAUCAAUUCGAUCAGUUGAAUCAAUCUGAAUUGAAAUGAGAGGUCACGAUUGGAUCAAUUCGAUGCUACCAGACGAGUUGAUCUUGGAGAUCUUCCGUAAUUUGGACUCGAAGACCAGCCGAGACGCGUGUGCGCUCGUAUGCCGUCGUUGGCUAACCCUAGAACGACUCAGCCGUGAUACGAUCCGUAUCGGUGGCUCUGGUAGCCCGGAUUCGCUUGUGAACCUGAUUGCCAGUCGGUUUGUUAAUGUUACUAACCUUUAUAUUGAUGAACGACUCUCCGGUGCUCAUCCGUUUGAUUCGGGAAGACGGGCCGGUGUUAGGCAAUCUACGUGGCUCAGGCUUCGCCUUAUGGCAGAGAGAUUUGAGUCGUAUUGUCUAUCGGAUGCUGGUUUGGCUGCUGUUGCUGAUGGAUUCACCAAACUUGAAAAGUUAACUCUAAUAUGGUGCUCUAAUGCAACAAAUGCCGGCCUUACAUUUGUAGCUCAGAAAUGCAGGUCUUUGAAAUGUUUGGAUUUGCAGGGUUGCUAUGUUGGAGAUCAAGGUUUAGGUGCUAUUGGCGAGUGUUGCAAACAACUUGAAGUACUGAAUUUACGAUUUUGUGAAGGUUUGACCGACACUGGUUUAGUUGACUUGGCCAUUGGCUGUGAGAAGACCUUGAAAUCACUGGGUGUAGCUGCAUGUGCUAAAAUAACUGACGUAUCAUUAGAAGCUGUUGGGUCUCAUUGCAGAAACCUCGAGACUUUAUCAUUGGAUUCUGAGUAUAUCAACAACAAAGGAGUAAUAGCUGUUGCAAAAGGAUGCCCUCUUCUUAAAAAUUUGAAUUUGCAAUGUAUUAUGGUUACAGAUGAGGCUUUGACUGCUGUUGGUAGACUUUGUGUGUUGUUGGAGUCGCUAGCACUUCAUAGUUUUCAGCGAUUUUCAGACAAGAGCCUUUGUGCCAUUGGGAAAGGAUGUAAAAAAUUAAAAAGCUUGAUGCUAAGUGAUUGCUAUUUCCUGAGUGAUAAGGGCUUAGAGGCUGUUGCAGCUGGUUGUCCUGAACUUUCACGCCUGGAAAUCAAUGGUUGCCACAAUAUUAGCACAUAUGGGCUAGAAAGCAUCGGAAGGUCUUGCAUGCAUCUUAGAGAGUUAGCAUUACUAUACUGUCAAAAAGUAGGCGAUGAAGCCCUAUCUGAAGUUGGCAAAGGCUGCAAGUAUUUGCAAGCUCUUCAUUUAGUGGAUUGCUCCGUCAUUGGGGAUGAUGCAAUAUGCAGCAUUGCUAUUGGCUGCAAAAAUUUGAAAAAACUUCACAUACGCAGAUGCUAUGAGGUUGGGAGCAAGGGAAUUAUAGCUAUUGGUGACAACUGUAAAUACCUUACAGAUCUUAGCAUUCGGUUUUGUGAUAGGGUUGGGGAUGAAGCUCUGGUGGCUAUUGGUAAUGGUUGCCCCUUGUUACGUCACUUAAAUGUAAGUGGCUGCCACCAAAUAGGAGAUACCGGAAUAACAGCAAUUGCAAGGGGCUGCCCUCAACUAACUUACUUGGAUGUUAGCGUUCUUCAGAAUUUGCGGGAUAUGGCACUGGCAGAAGUAGGUGAAGGGUGCCCUUUACUAAAGGACAUAGUAUUAUCACAUUGCCGUGAGAUAACCGAUGUUGGUCUAGCCCAUCUUGUUAAAAGAUGCAAAUGGCUUGAAUCCUGCUACAUGGUCUAUUGCCCUGGUGUGACUGCAGCCGGGGUGGCUACUGUUAUAUCCACCUGUGUCAAUAUCAAGAAAGUUCUAAUUGAGAAGUCAAAGGUUAGUGCGAGGACCCGAAGGCGUGCAGGUUCUGUCAUCUCCUACCUCUGUGUGGACCUUUGAAACCAUAACAGGGUUCGGUUGUAGUUAUAGUUGUGUGUGGUCUAAUACAAAAGAAGGCAUAAUUUAGCAUAUUUUAAGAGAGUAUACCAAAAUGAUCCUGGGAAACCUGAGUAUUUAUGGAAAUUGGGUGUAAUAAGUGGAUGAGUAUUAGAAUGUGUUUGUUUUUUGUUUCAAGACAGGGAAUGAUUAAUUACCAUUAUAUUAUAGUUUUUUUCAUAAA